CACCUGACACCAGGAAGAGGAAGCACUUUCUGCAUACAGUCAGAGAAAUACCUGCACACAGUGCUGCAAGAGUUAAUACGCUGCAGCUUAGAACACAUCAGAACACUGAAAAGACAUCUUAAUAUUGGCAGCAUUGUGUGAGAUUAUUUACAUAGUAAGUGUAAGGGAAAAAAAGUAUAUAGGUAGAAUUUAAUAUAAUUCUUAUAUUUUUAAGGUGUUCUAUUUUCCUUUACUGGAUAUAAUAAAAGCGCAAUUUAUGACUUUUAUCUGCUGUGAUCUUCGGAUUAUAUUCUCUUGGUGAGAUUUCAUCUUCCCACCUCCCCUUCCAGCCAGUCCAAGAUGUUCAAGAAAUUAAAGCAGAAGAUCAGUGAGGAGCAAUCUCCUGUAAGGAGCUCUCUCAGCCCUCAGCAGCAGGGUCUCCCUAGAGGCACACCAACAGGCAACAGGAGUCGGGCCUCUUCAGCUACAGAACAGCAAGAUGAUAACCCUGCAACACCUGACAAAGAGCUGUUGGCCGGGAUGAUAGCAGAGCCUGCUUUGCUCUCUGAGUACACUAUCUUUGCUCUGGACCACACCAGACGGUCCAAACCACAGAGUUACAGUGUGAAUGAAUCCAGGUCUGCAGACAACAUUAAUGGGAAUGAUCCGACCUCUAAUCUGAAGAGUGAAGCUCAGUCAUUUGCACAAAAACUUCAGUUAAAGGUACCUUCGAUGGAAUCUUUAUUUAGAAGUCCUGUAAAAGAAUCAUUGUUCCGCUCUCCAUCAAAAGAGUCCCUAGUCCGGAGCGGAUCACGCGAGUCACUGAAUAGAAUAGAUGCUGAGAGCCCAGGUGCGUUGUUUGACCCUUCCUCUGACAUUGAAAGUGAGGCUGAAGAUUCUGGAGGGAACCUGGAGGGACUAAGCAAGGAGCAACUUUUUCACCGGCUUAGAAGAAUGGAGAGGAGCUUGGGUAACUACAGAGGAAAAUAUUCUGAGUUGGUUACAGCGUAUAGAACUGUUCAAAGGGACAAAGAAAAGCUGCAGUCUAUUCUCAGUCAGAGCCAGGAUAAAGCACUAAGGAGAAUUGGAGAGCUGAGAGAGGAACUUCAAAUGGAUCAACAGGCCAAGAAGCAUCUGCAGGAGGAAUUUGAUGCAUCGCUAGAAGAGAAGGAUCAGCUUAUCAGUGUAUUACAGACUCAGGUGACUUUACUUAAGCAGCGAUUUGGUAAAGGACUUGCCAGCGCAGAAGUCUCUGAGCCUAUUCCUUCACUGGAGUCUAAUGUGCAAGCCUCUGUGCAGGAGGUCAGUGCAGGGAAUAGUUCCACUGAAGGUGGUGAAGGGGAUACUACAAAACAAUUGGAAGAGCUUCAAGUCCGGGUGAAGCGCCAGGAGAACCUUCUGCAGAGAUGCAAAGAGAACAUCCGGUCACAUAAGGAACGCUCGGCUCAGCUUAGCAGUGAAAAGGAUGCUCUUCAAAGCCAAUUGGAAGAGAGACUUCAGGAGCUUGAAAAGAUUAAGGAACUCCAUACUAGUGAGAAAACCAAACUGAUAAACCAACUGAGAGAUGCCAAAAAUUUGGUUGAACAACUUGAGCAAGAUAAGGGCAUGGUCAUUGCAGAAACAAAACGACAAAUGCACGAAACCUUAGAGAUGAAGGAAGAAGAAGUAUCUAAUCUUCGAAGCAGAGUUAAGCAGUUAACGAGGCAAUGUGAGGAGCUUCAGGAGCUGAAAGAGAAGUCAGAGAAAGCUGCAUUUGAAGAACUUGAAAAAGCUAUUGGUGCUACCCAUAAAACAGAGGAGGCCAACAAAAAAGGAAAGCAGCAGAUGGAAGAACAGAUUAAAGCCAUAGAACAAGCCGGUGAGGAAGAGCGUGUUAAUCUUCAGAAAGAACUUAGUCGUGUGAAACAAGAAGUCGUGGAUAUCAUGAAGAAAUCUGCAGAUGAACGUGUUGCUGAGCUGGAGAAAUCUCAUUCUGAGGCUUUAUUGAAUAAAGAGCAGGAAUAUAAGGAAGGACUAAGAAUCUUGGAGGAAGAAUUACAAGAACGAAUGAAGGCCGCUAUUGCAAAGAAUGAAGAGGAACAUGCACUUAUAUUGCAAGAAAAAGAGCAGCAGGGCUUAUUGGCUUUGGAAGAAUUGGAGCUACAGAAAAAAGCCAUCCAGUCGCAAACUGAAAGUCAACUUCAAGAAAUGCAGCAAGAGCUUGAAGAAUGCAGAACGAGGAUUCUUGAGCUGGAAAGUUUCCUUGCCAGAUCUUCUCAUGACAGUGAUAUCAAAUCUGAAGAGUUGGCUUCUCGUAUUGAAUUAGAGACAAACAAGCACAAUGCAGAAAUUACUGCAAUCCUUCAGAAUCAUAAGCAAGAACUUGAUAUCCUUAGUCAGGAAAAGGAAAAAGUACGGUUGGAAAAAUUUGAGCAGUUGAAACAAGUACAUGAGACAAAUAUUAGAGACCUUAAAGAGACUCAUCGACAAGAGUUGGACGCUCAGCUGAAACAGAAGGAGCAACUGUUCCAGGCACAUAUCCAAGAAAUGAAUGAGAAGACCCUUGAGAAAUUGGAUGUAAAACAAACUGAACUUGAGGCCCUCUCUGCUGAACUCUCUGAAGCCUUAAAAACACGACAGGAGAUUGAGCAUAGAUUAUCUGUAUCAGAGGAUGAAAUAAACAAAUUGAAGCUCCAGCACGAUAAUCAGUUAAAUGAUGAGAGAAAAAAGCAUGAGGAACAAAUUUCUGUCAUUGAACAGGAAAAAGAAAUUCUUACUCAGGGAGUUGAAAAGGGUCUAAAGGAGGAAAUUAACCACCUAAAAAUGUUGCUAGAUGGAAAAACAAAGGAAAUUGAAGAAUUGCAAGGCGAGAAGCAAAAACUGAAGGAAACUGCUCAGAAAGCAGACACUGAACUCAAAGAAGCCUUGCUUCGUCUGGAGGAAACUCACCUAUCACACCAAAAUAAGUCACACAUGGAAGCAGAGGCUUUUGCUGUACAGCUUUCUGAAUUGCAAGAAAUGUUAAAACUUACUAAAGAAGAGAGAGACCAUCUGAAAGAUUUAGGAGAAAGUACUGAAUCACAGCUGAAGAAUAUCAGUAUGGAGCUGGAUACCUACAAAGAGCAGGUGUGCAAUCUGAACAUACAAGCGGAAGAGCAAAGCAAAAUUACAGCUGACAAGCUCAACACUCUGCAGUUGAAGUCUGAGACACAAAUACAAGAGCUUAAAUCUAAAAUAGAAGAGUUAAACAAAAUAGUCUUACAGCGUGAAAGUGAGGCUGAAAAGCUAAAAGAGGGUCAUAAUCAACUCAUUUUAGAGCUUAACCAAAAUUUGGCCUCCAAAGAAAAACAAUUACUCACUUUGCAAGAAGACUAUCAAACAAAAAACAAAAGCCAAGAGACUAAAAUGGAAAAAAUGAAACAGAGGAUAAAAGAGUUGCAGGAGUCCUCCAAGAAAAAGUAUGCCGAAAUGGAGAGCAAACUAAAGAAAGAGUUGGAAAAGAAACAGCUUGAACUGAAUAGUAAAGAAAAGCAGUUCAAUGAAAAAAUGCUUGAAAUGGCACAUGCCGGUUCAACUGGAAUUAAUGAUGCAGUGUCUCAACUUGAAGUUAACCAAAAAGAGCAGAUUCAAAAUAUCAAAGAUGCUCACCAGCGAGAGAUAGAAGAGACCUCUCAGACUUGGGAAAAGAAACUCUGUCAGCAUGUUGAAGAACUGAAAGAGAAGCAUGAAUUAGAACUUCAAGAGAAAGACCAGACCAUAACAGAGGUUCAUCAGAAGCUCACUAAUGUAAGCAGAGAAAAUGAGGAGCUAGAAAAGCAGUUAAUAGUGCUAAGAGAAGCAAAGACUAGACUUGAUGCCUCCUUCAAUGAAAUACAAGAAAAAUUCGGGCUGGCAUCUGCUCAAAUAUUAGAACUUACAAAUGAGAAAAAUAUGUUAGAGGAGCAACUUUGCUUAAUGAAAACUUCACUGGAGGAAGAGAAGAGCAAAAUCAGUGAAUUAGUUGGCAAAUUACAAGUUGUUGAAGACCAAUGCCAACUGAUAAAAAUUGCAAGUGAUAAAGAUCGAGCUGAGUUUGAAAAACAACUUUUAGAAAAACUUUCAGAAAAGGAUGCACACUUUAAUCAACUUUUUCUUGAACAAGAAAGGAAAUUGAAUUCUUGCAGCAAGGAGGUGGCAGGUUUGUUAGAAUCAGUGACCAGCGGCCUAACUCAAAACUAUAAUGACCGAGUUAACAGGGUAAUAAUGAAAGUUGCGUCUUGUGAAAACAAUGUAUUUAAAUUGUCAGGAACCAUUUCUAAAGAGCUAAACAAAGUCCGUGAUCUAAAACUACAACUUGAACAAACAACUACAGAGAAUGAUUCUGUACAAAAAUCAUUAAAUCAAGCAACUUUUCAGUUGCAGGAAAAAGAACAUUUGAUUUUGUCUAUGAAAAAUGAAAUUCAAGAGCUUCUACUCGAGAAAGAGGUGUUACAAAAAGAAGGAGGGAGCCAGCAAAAGGCAGCAGAUGAGAAGGAGUCUUGCAUUACACAGUUGAAAAAAGAGCUUUCUGAAAAUAUCAAUAAUGUAACCUCUUUGACUGAAACACUAAAGGGUAAAGAGUCAGAGUUGACCUCACUACAUAGUCAAAUAAAUGAUCUGAAAUUAAAUCUUGAGAACAGUGUGGAUUUAGCAGAAAAGGAAAAGGCCAUAGCCCUUCUCAGUGAACAGCACAAAAGCAGCCAGCAACAAUUUGAAACUCAAAUUAAAGAUCUGACUUCUAGACUUGAAGUUGUGAAUCAAGAAAAGGCAUAUUCAAUGGAAGAGGCAGAAAAAUGGAAGAACACGUUAGAAGAAUGGAAGAAGAAAGCCGAGCUCAAGUUUACACAAAAUCACAAUUCAAUCAAAGAUUUGCAGGAGCGGCUUAAAGUGAGCAAUGAAGAAAAUACAUUCAAAGAAGACAGGCUUCUCAAACUCACAGAAGAAUUUGAACAUCAUCGACGCAACAUGGAGCAAAACCAGCUAAGAAGAGAGAGUAAAGAAUUUGACUUGAAUGUGCAGUUCGAAAGUCAGAAAUCUAGAGUUCAGGAGUUGGAAGAGCAGCUGUCCAUAUUAUCAUCUGAAAAUAAAUGUUUAAUAGAAGAGCUAGAAAGACAAAAUCAACAGCAGAAUGUUGAAAAGAAAGAACUUGUUGAGCAACUGAAGCACGUUCAAAGUGUUAUUUCAGAAAAGGACAAUUUCUCCAUUGAAGCACAGCAAAAAGUCUUGGAUCUGGAAAAAGAAAUAAGUGCCUUGAAGGAAGAACGUGACGCAAAACAAAAAACAUGGGAACAGUCGAAAACAGAGCUUUGCCACAAUAAAGAUAAAGAACUAAAAGAAUUGGAAGAAAGGUUAACUGCAGAAAGCGCAAAUAAGCUGGCAGAAUUAAAGAAAAAGGCAGAACAGAAGAUUGCUUCGGUUAAGAAGCAGCUUAUAUUACAGUUGGAAGAGAAAGAACAAUCCAAAAGAGAGCUGGAAAACCAAUUUCUUGACUUAAGACAAAAAAUGGAGAAAGAAAAUAAUGUUGUACAAGAAGGAUUAUGCCUUGAGAAGGAAGAACAAGAGAAGAAGUAUUCACUGCUCCUGGAACAACACAAAGCUAAAGAAACUGAAUUUGAUAGUAUCAAAUAUGAAAUCCUCUCAAAGGAACAGAAAGUUACUGAGUUGGAAAAUAGACUUGAAGUUCUUCAGAAAGCCUUUGAUGAACAUGAGCAGAUUGUUCGAGAGAAGGACCUGACUUUGCUUAAUGAGAAAGAGACACAGAAAAUUCAAAUGGAAGAAUUUUCUUCCAAAUAUGAGGAGCAGUUAAAAGUACUUAACGAGAAUCUAGCUGACAAAGAUGCUGAAAUCAAGACUUGCAGAGAAAAUGUAGAAGAGAAAAAAAAGGCGCUUGAAGAUCUUCAGGUCCUGUUUGAUGAACUUCAGUCCCAGGAAAGCACAUUAAAGCAGAAACUGGUAGAAACACAGGGUGAAGUGCAAAAGUUUCGCAAAGAAGUGUCUAAGUUGCAAAAGGACUUGCGGACUUUACGAAAGGAGCAUAACCAGGAACUAGAUUUGAUUAAGAAGGAACUCACAGAAGAAGCUGAUCAAAGAAUUAAACAUGAGCAAGAAGACAUGGAAUUGAAACAUAAUUCCACUUUAAAGCAGCUAAUGAGAGAAUUUAACACACAGAUGGCACAAAAAGAACGUGAGCUGGAAACUGCUAUUCAGGAAACAAUUGGUAAAGCUCAGGAAGUUGAGGCAGAAUUAAUGCAAACUCAGCAUAUUGAAGCAACGCAGCUUCAUAAAACCAUUGCAGAAAAAGAAGACGACCUUAAGAGAACUGUGAAAAAGUACGAAGAACUGUUGGAGGCAAGAGAAGAAGAAAUGGCUGCAAAGGUAACAGAAUUACAAAAAGAGCUGGAGAAUUUGCAGGUCGAGUUAUCAAGGAAGGAAGAAGAACUGUCAAGGAAGGAAGAAGAACUGUCAAGGAAGGAAGAAGAGAAUAAAUCUCGGAAUGAUGAGGAUGCAGUGUCCAUUGAUCUUCAGAUACAGAUUUCACAGAAGACCAUGCAGCUAAAUGAGGCCAAAUUGAAAGAGCAGGAACUUAAAGAGAAGAUUAACGUAUUAGAAGACCAGUUACAAAAUUAUUCUCAAGGAGUCUUUGUCACUCCUCUGGGGACUCCCUACAAGGAUGUCAAUCAUCGAUAUACUGAUGUUUCUUUGUAUGGUGAACCCACUGAAUUUGAAUACUUGAGAAAGGUGCUGUUUGAGUACAUGAUGGGAAGAGAAACAAAGACAAUGGCAAAAGUAAUUACAACGGUUCUGAAGUUCCCAGCUGACCAAGCUCAGAAGAUCUUGGAUAGAGAGGAUGCCAGGCCUGUGCUUACACAACCUCGCAGUGGUAUCUUCUGAAUCAAUCUGGUCUUAGUUAGUAUGCGUCUUGGCUUCGACCAUCAUCCUGAAAUACUAUUUUGUAUAUUUAUAUGGAAGACACUGCAUUGUCUUAGUAUUUUCUUCAACUUCUUCCAGGAUCACAUACAUUUAAAACCAAAUCUGUAUAGUACGUUCAGUACCAUGAAUUGCCUUGUAGAGAGCUGAUGAUACAUAGUGAACAUUUAUAUACACUGUUUUUUUCUGUUAUGAUUUUGCUUUUUAAUCUUUUUCAGUAACAUGUAGCAGUUUUCCUGUAGUGGUACAUUCAAACAUUAUAUUAAUUUAUUUUUAACAUGGUUAAUGUGUGAUGGCAAGUUAGAUGAUUAAUGCUUCCAUUAAACACAUCAAUUCUUUGUCUAACAAUGCAAACUUUUACAGAUUAGUGUAUGCUAUACACAAAGUGCUAUAUAUAAGGAAAUGCUUAUUUCGAGUAGUGGGAUUUUAACGGUUUUAUGUCACUCAAAUGAUAUGUCCAUUUCUUCUAGGCUAGAAUAGAUAUGAUGUGUUGAGCUGCUAACCGGUCAUAUUUUAAUUCUGUAUUUUCUCACAAUGGUACUGUUAAUGAAGGAUAGUUUUCAUCAUCAGUUAUAGCGCAUAAUGUCUUAAGGAACAAAAUACUGUAAUUGAUAAUAAGGAUCUUCUAAGACAUGGAAAGGGGCCCUACCGGUUUAUGUGAUAGUAAGUUACAAAUGUUUUAACAGAUAGGAGGUGGUAAGAAUCAAUCAUUGGAAGGAAGUGAGGAAUUGAUUAGAAAAAUGUUGCAAAUAGAAGAUUACGAGAAAGACGUGUUACGAAAAAUACUUUUACAAUUAAAUUUAAAAAAAUACUAACAUUCAUAUGACAAUUUUCCUACACUACUGUUUUAAAAUAUAUUAAAAACAACUGACGUAAAUAAAAUGCUAAGAGAAUAAAUGAACAUUUUCAGUGUUUAGUGUAAGUUUAGUUUGUCAUCCCUAAUGACAGAAUAGUUACUGUUUCAAAAGAUUAUAUUGAUCCACCACAGCAUGGAUUGAUAUAUUUAAGUACUAAUAACAUGGGCUUAACCACACAUACCAUUAAACUGGUGGGAUUUCUUUCUUUCUUUCUUUUUUGUUUAUUUGUUUUGAUCAAAUUGUGCAAUACUUUAGUUAGGUAUGUUCUACUUUAUUAUUGUUUUUUCAUUUUGCAUUUCAGCAUGAUUUACCUUAUCAAUGUAUGAUUUUGUUAGCUGUGGGCCAGUUCUUUAAGCUUUCAUCUAUGAUGGAAAUCUAAACCUCUGGAGUACCUUACUGGUUGUCUCCAACUUUUGUACCUGUAUUUUCCAGAGAUUAAAUAUGCUUCUGUAUAUUGUAAAUAGUUAAUACAAAAUGUAUCAUAAAGGUGUUUUGUGAUGGUUUCAAUGUUAAUUCUGGAAAAAGCAAUGCAAUUAAAAUUUUAUUUACGAAA